AUGAGCGCAUCAAGCAGCGUCGCCCCCACACCAGAGUGCAAGGACGCGGACGAUGGAAUGGUGCUGAAUGAUCUACAUGUUGAGACAGGCGACCAGAACGCCGUUAAGAAUAUGCUGGAUGACACUAUUGUGGAGUUUUUUCAGGAGAAGAAGGAUUUCAAUCUACACUAUGGACGUGAUAAUGCGAAACUGCUGCUGAUGCUGCUGGCUAUAAUCAUUGCGGCCGUGUCACACUUCUACAAGCACCCCGCUAUUCCUGAACACGUGCUCGUUUACUCGUGUGUCGCUGGGUUCUUCUUCAUUCAGGCGCUCGUGUACAUCUACACCACUUUGAUUGAGAAGGAUAUUAUCCUGCGGAUGACGCGAUCGGGAUCGACUGGAAAGAUCAUUCUUGUGCGGACGACAUUCCCUUACUCUGAGUCGCAGUAUACCAUCAGCAUUCAUCACGCCAACACGAAGGGAAAGCACAAAAAGGAGGAGCUUUACGUCGGACGUUACUUCGAUGCGGAAGGGUACUUUUGUAAAGAGAACUUUACUAAGGACAUUGAGACCGUUUUAUCGCGCUUUGAAAUGAUGGACAAGAAGCAGUAA